CCGGUGAUGGUCCUUAUGUAGGGUAGGUGAGGCAGCUUGGGCAGUGUGUGGCAUAGAGAGAGCGCUCCCUAUUCACAGAUAGUAACAUACAGACGGCAGGAUGUGCGGAAUCUUUGCGUACCUCAACUACCACGUGCCGCGCACCAGGCGGGAGAUCCUAGAGAGGCUCAUCCGAGGCCUCCAGAGACUGGAAUACAGAGGAUACGACUCUGCAGGGGUGGGCAUUGAUGGCGGCAAUGAAAAGAACUGGGAAAACAACAACCAAAUCCAACUCAUCAAGAAGAAGGGCAAAGUUAAGGCCUUGGAUGAAGAAAUCAACAAGCUGGAGGACAUGGACCUUGACAUUGAAUUUGAGGUUCAUCUGGGCAUUGCACACACUCGCUGGGCCACACAUGGAGAGCCAAGUCCCACCAACAGCCAUCCCCAGCGCUCUGACAAGAAUAAUGAGUUCAUUGUCAUUCACAAUGGCAUCAUAACUAACUACAAAGACCUAAAGAAGUUUUUGGAGAGUAAAGGCUAUGAAUUUGAGUCUGAAACAGAUACAGAAACCAUUGCCAAGCUGGUGAAAUACAUGUAUGACAACCGGGAAAGCGAUGAAAUCAGCUUUACCACCCUGGUAGAGCGUGUCAUACAGCAGCUGGAAGGGGCUUUUGCUCUUGUGUUCAAAAGUGUUCAUUUCCCAGGACAAGCUGUGGGGACCAGGAGGGGCAGCCCUCUCUUGAUGGGAGUACGAAGUGAACAUAAGCUAUCCACAGAUCACAUCCCCAUCCUGUACCGUUCAGGACAAAGCAUGGAUUUUUCUCUUGAGGAAAUGUCCACUUUAAAGGAUAAAGGUUUGGACAAGAAAGGGAGCUGCUCUUUGCCCAGGCUGGAUAGCACCACCUGCCUAUUCCCAGUGGAGGAAAAAGCAGUGGAAUAUUAUUUUGCCUCAGAUGCCAGUGCAGUUAUUGAGCACACCAAUCGCGUUAUCUUCCUUGAAGAUGAUGAUGUAGCUGCAGUGGUGGAUGGCCGGCUCUCCAUCCAUCGUAUUAAGAGAAGCGCAGGAGAUCACCCAGCUCGUGCUAUCCAGACUCUGCAAAUGGAGCUGCAGCAGAUAAUGAAGGGAAACUUCAGCUCCUUUAUGCAAAAGGAAAUCUUUGAGCAGCCAGAGUCUGUUGUGAACACCAUGAGAGGCAGAGUGAAUUUCGAUGACCUCACAGUGAAUUUGGGAGGACUUAAGGAUCACAUUAAAGAAAUCCAGAGAUGCCGACGUCUGAUUCUUAUUGCCUGUGGAACUAGUUACCACGCUGGAGUCGCUACGCGCCAAAUUCUGGAAGAGCUGACAGAACUGCCUGUCAUGGUGGAGCUAGCUAGCGACUUUUUGGACAGGAACACACCCGUUUUUAGGGAUGACGUGUGCUUUUUUAUCAGCCAAUCAGGUGAGACUGCAGAUACUCUCCUUGCCCUUCGCUACUGUAAAGAGAGGGGUGCCCUGACUGUGGGUGUAACCAACACUGUGGGAAGUUCCAUCUCCCGAGAGACAGACUGUGGGGUACAUAUCAAUGCCGGGCCUGAAAUUGGUGUGGCCAGUACAAAGGCCUAUACCAGCCAGUUUGUAUCGCUUAUAAUGUUUGCCCUGAUGAUGUGCGAUGAUCGCAUAUCCAUGUUGGGACGACGCGAGCAGAUCAUUAAUGGCCUGAAAAUCUUGCCAGACAAUAUUAAAGAGGUGCUUAGCCUGGAUGAUGAGAUUCAGAAGCUGGCAGAAGAGUUGUACCAGCAGAAAUCUGUCCUUAUUAUGGGUCGUGGAUAUCACUAUGCAACCUGCAUGGAAGGAGCUUUGAAAAUUAAGGAGAUCACAUACAUGCAUUCAGAGGGGAUCUUGGCAGGAGAGCUAAAGCAUGGCCCAUUGGCCCUGGUAGACAAGCUUAUGCCGGUCAUUAUGAUCAUCAUGAGAGAUCAUGCCUACACCAAGUGCCAAAAUGCCCUGCAGCAAGUUGUGGCUCGUCAGGGCCGUCCAGUUGUCAUCUGUGAUAAAGAGGAUACAGAAACCAUAAACACCAUUAAGCGAACAAUAAAGGUUCCUCACACAGUGGACUGCCUGCAGGGAGUCUUGAGUGUCAUUCCUCUACAGCUCCUCGCUUUCCACCUCGCUGUGCUGAGGGGAUACGAUGUGGAUUGUCCAAGGAACUUGGCCAAGUCUGUGACUGUGGAGUAGAUCUGAUUCUGUCGAUACCAAGAAAACACUUUUUACUUGUACAAUUUUUUUUUUCUAAAUGCUGUUUUUACAUAUUGUAUUUAUGUUUCCUUCCCAUUCCUUGGUUUCUCAGAUUCUUUGCCUGUCUCCUCACUUUUACUCUGUACAGAACUGCAGUCUCUCCAGUGGACGCACUUAUACCAUUUGUAGUACACUUUUCAUCUCUGAACUGACACUAUGCCACAACCAACGCUAACUCCUUCCAGUUGUGCCACGUGCUAAACUGAUGUUGGAGAGAAUGUUAUUGCUUGUAUGGAUUGUUUACUUGGCAAUAAUGAGUCUUGGCUCUAGUGAGCUUUUUUUUAACUGGACAUUGAAGUGUACAAGAGAAUUGAAGGUAUUUUAAUAUUUAACAUGAAGGACUUGCUAACAGUUUUAUACUGGUUAGCUGCCUCUGUCUGUCUCUGUAUUACCUUUUGUGACAGGAAAGCUGGGAUUUCUUUUUUUUUUCUUUUGUGCUAUGCACUUUUGGUACUGUGAGUUUGGUCACUGUCUGUUUAAAAUCCGAGCUGGAACCAGCAACUACAUCCUAUCCACCCAUCUCUUCCUAUUGACUACAUUCCAGAAAGUGCUUUUAGACCGGGGUUCCAAUCUGUUGCCCUCUCAGUGUUGUUGGACCACAGCAUCCAUGAACAUUGCUGGAUUGUAGUUCAGUGGCUCCCGGGCCCCAGGUUGCAAAUUUCUGAUUUAGGGCAAUCAUUUAAUCAGCUAAGGACAGAUUGGGGGUUGCUAGCAAGUGAAGCUAGGAGAUGUAGCUGGGAACGUUGUCUCUAGGAUACAUCUGCUUUGCUUGUCAGUCACUGCACAUUUAGUCGCAUUGAACAGUUCCUGUGCUAAUCGCAUGGAAGUAUUUCCCCGACAGCCUCCUGAUUAAAUCCCUGUUGGAUUUUGCAGAGGGGUAAAAUGACUGUUCAGUCCAUAUGGUCUUGUUGGCCUUGCAGAGCUAUAAAGGCGUUACACAAUCGUAUCUGUUCCACUUUAGUUUCUCUGCAGGCGCUAGUAAAACCCACAGAACUAGGCCUUGGUACUGGAAGCGUAUCGGUGGCCGAUGCUCAAGGAUGAUUGUCUUGUUGAGUUUUUUUCUGCUUUGUACUUUGUGUUCUGAUAAUCAUAUUCUUCCCAUAGGUUUUAAUUACAUUUAAGGGUUUGUGCUGGAGCCUGUAAAAUUACAGGGCGAUUGGCAUUAUGAGAGGGGUUAGAAAGUGUUGGCGGCCUAUUAAAAUGAAUCUUAUUAUGAAGGCGGUUGGCCAGUGGUUGCCCUGUGGGAAGGUUAUUAUUUUUAUGCAUUGAAUGCAUGUUGACCUUUAUACUCAAAUGUAUUUGAGUAACUGUUUGUUAGGGGGUUUGUUAGAGACCCCACUUCUCCUAUUGGGGGAUCCCGCUUGUUCAGUAGAAAUGUGGAAUGUAACUGCUGUGGGAAUGCUGAUUAGCUUCUCCUCUUUCAUGUAGAACUUGGAGUUCUGUGGCUGUUUCAGAUAUGGAUUUCUGGGAUUUGUAGUUCUCUGAUAUGAUGGUUUCUGGAAAGUAGGAACUCUGGGCUCAGUCAGGACUCUACUACAGGAAAGCUUGGGCCUAGUCUAGGAGGAAAAUAUGUAACUCAGAUCUUUUCAACCUGCUGCUCUUCAGCUGUUCAAAAAGUCUCUCAAGUGGAGGCUGGAAGUAACGGUUCAGUAAUGGCUGGAAGGCCACAGGUUGGACAGCCCUGAUGCAUAUACUAAAAAUACAAAUGUUUAAUAGUAUAAUAUUAAUUUAGGGGUGGUGCUGGGGCCCCAGGGCAGAUGCUCUCUCUACCAAACUUGCCCUGGGCUUUUCUGUUCUAUGGCACCUAGUAUUCCUCUGUACAUUCAGAGCAGACAGACUCCUUAGAGUAGAGAAUGAAGGUUUUUCCAGAUUUAAGAAUGCGCUACUUUGAAGUAUCAGAAAAAUGUGAUGUUACUGUUAUUUCCCAAUCUCCUUACUUCCCUCCCUCCUAUUUUGUUAUAAAAAAUAAUAUUUAGUAUAGAUAUAUUGUUGAUGUCCAGCCUGUGUCUCUGUGCCUAGUGCUCAGCUACACGCUCCAGCAUCUUGUGGCGGCUGAGGCUGUUGAAAGGCUGCUGGGACCUGUAGCAAAGGGACUCAGGCUGGGCAACUUUACUGUAGAUCUUAUUCUGUUUCCAUGAGAUGGAAAGUAGAUCUGCCAUUGUUCUCCUACUGAUACAGGAGAUGUUUACAGAGGACCAAAGAUACGUAUAAUACUUAUUGUAAAAUGUACCUCUGAAUUCUGUGAAAUAAAAUAGAUAUGUACAGAC